AUGGGCCCCCUUGGACUGUAUCUCACUUCUUUUGGGUACAUUUUAUCUAAAAGUGAAUUCCAGAUGUUAAAGGAUGUAUUCAAGGUCCUGCAGGCUGCUGCUGGCAGAACAGAGAAACAAGAGUGGCUCUCAGGGUGGCUGGCCGGCCGAAUACACUUUACAGAAGGGCACUCAAGGAUAUGCCUUAACAAUCUGAGUGUGACUGAUGCUUUUUCCUUGCAGUAUGUGCAUAUUGGAAGAGGCAGGUUCAGAGCUUCCAAAGCAGCGACAGAAGUAGUCUUAAAUGUUCCUGAAACUAGGGUGAGUCCCCUGGAAAAUGGCUUGCAAGUAGCUUCUGAAGACUCUGGACUCUCAACAUGCACAGUUGGACUCUGGAUUGAUGCUGGAAGCAGGUAUGAAAAUGAGAAGAACAAUGGAACUGCUCACUUCCUUGAGCAUAUGGCUUUCAAGGGAACAAAAAAGAGAUCUCAGUUAGACCUUGAGCUAGAGAUUGAGAACAUGGGAGCUCAUCUGAAUGCAUACACAUCCAGGGAACAAACCGUGUAUUAUGCAAAGGCUUUUUCAAAAGAUUUGCCAAGAGCUGUGGAAAUUCUUGCUGACAUAAUUCAGAACAGUACUCUGGGAGAAGCAGAGAUUGAGCGUGAGCGAGGAGUUAUACUUCGAGAGAUGCAAGAGGUUGAAACCAAUUUACAAGAAGUUGUCUUUGAUUACCUUCAUGCUACAGCUUAUCAGAAAACAGCCCUAGGACGGACAAUUUUAGGACCCACUGAAAACAUCAAAUCCAUAAACCGUAAUGACUUGGUCGAGUACAUAACAACACAUUACAAAGGACCCAGAAUGGUUCUGGCUGCUGCUGGAGGGGUCUGUCAUGAUGAGCUACUUGACCUAGCAAAGUGCCACUUUGGGAACUUGCCAUCUGCUCCUGAAGGAGGACUGCCACCCCUGCCACCUUGCAGCUUCACAGGUAGUGAGAUCCGUAUAAGAGAUGACAAGAUGCCUCUGGCACACCUGGCAAUAGCUGUUGAAGCAGCUGGCUGGUCACACCCAGAUACAAUCCCACUUAUGGUAGCAAAUACUCUGAUAGGUAACUGGGAUCGUUCCUUUGGAGGAGGCGUGAAUUUGUCCAGUAAACUUGCUCAGAUUGCCUGCCAUGGUAACCUGUGUCACAGCUUCCAGUCCUUCAACACCUGCUACACUGAUACGGGGCUGUGGGGACUCUAUAUGGUCUGUGAGCCAUCUACUAUACAGGACAUGGUGCACUUUGUUCAGAGAGAAUGGAUAAGACUUUGCACAAACGUUACAGAAAAUGAAGUAGCUAGAGCGAAAAAUCUACUGAAGACAAAUAUGCUGCUACAACUGGAUGGGUCCACACCAAUCUGUGAAGACAUUGGAAGACAAAUGCUGUGUUACAAGCGCCGAAUCCCAAUUCCAGAACUUGAAGCAAGAAUUGAAGCUAUUGAUGCCCAGAAUAUUAGAGAAGUUUGCACAAAGUACAUCUAUGAUAAGCAUCCUGCAGUUGCUGCUGUUGGUCCAAUUGAACAACUUCCAGAAUAUAACAAAAUCUGCAGUGGCAUGUACUGGCUUCGUGAGUAGUGAAUAACAAGAACUUUCAGUAUGUUUGAGCUUUAAAAAAAACAACCAAAAAAACCCAACUAUACCCUGUUUUAAGUUUUUGAGUGGGAGAAAUACAUUUGAGAAGAUUAAAACUCAAGAACCA